CGCAUAGCGUGGGCAUGCUGGUUCUUAACGGCGGUGCAAGUCAUCGUGUUCAUCAUUGAACUCGUACGAAAUGCUUCCCUUACGAGUUCCCCGAUCGCGAUCAAACCAUCAUUUAACCCCAUGAUCGGUCCAUCUCCCUACGUUCUAAUCAACAUGGGCGCACGAUUCGUCCCGUGCAUGCGGAACGUCGAGAACAUCACCAACUCCGCCGGACCCGUCUUCUUCCCCUGCCCGGAAGCCACCACCCUCGACACCGAAUGCACCCUCUCCCAACUCUGCGGCUUCUCCAACGUCCCCGACCCCGUCCCCGGCGGCACCAUGGAUGCCUCCCCCGAACCUAACCAAUGGUACCGUUUCAUCAUCCCCAUCUUCCUGCACGCCGGCCUUAUCCACAUCGGCUUCAAUCUUCUCCUCCAACUCACCCUCGGCCGCGAAGUCGAAGCGAAAAUCGGCACUCUCCGCUUCCUCCUCGUUUACUUCUCCUCCGGCAUCUUCGGCUUCGUCUUUGGCGGCAACUACGCUGCCCUUGGCAUCGCCUCCUGCGGCGCCUCCGGCUCCCUCUUCGGCCUCCUCGCCCUCACCCUCCUCGACCUCCUCUACCACUGGCGCUCCCGGAAGCACCCAGUCCGCGAGCUCCUCUUCAUCCUCCUCGACAUCGCCAUCGCCUUCGUCCUCGGCCUGCUCCCCGGCCUCGAUAACUUCUCGCAUAUCGGCGGCUUCCUCAUGGGCUUGGUCCUCGGCAUCUCCAUCAUCCAUUCGCCCGAGGCCCUGCGUCAGCGCAUCGGCCAGGAUGAUCCGCCGUAUGGACCGUUGGACACGGCGAAGGCGGGCGGGGCGAUGGCGUUCGCGCGGGCGCCGCUGGGGUUCUUCAAGGGGCGGAAACCACUAUGGUGGGCGUGGUGGCUGAUCCGCGUUGGCGCGCUGGUCGGCGUGCUGGUCGGGUUCAUCGUGCUGCUGCGGAAUUUCUAUGUCGACCGCGUCACCUGCGACUGGUGCAAGUAUCUCUCGUGUUUGGAUAUUAAUAACUGGUGCGAUAUUGGGAAUCUGCAG